AUGGCUUUCCACCAAGCCUCACAUUUCGUUAUCGAUCGUUCUCACUUCAUGAACGCCAAAGUCAUCAAUGUGGCUAACGGCCCAGCUAAAGACCCGAUCGCAACCCUGCUGGGUCACUCCGCGGUCGAGGCCACCCACGAAUCGUCCACGGCAACCUUCGCCCCUAAAUGCAUGCCAGGCACACGUACACAAGUAAUAAACGACAUCAUUAAUUGGAUACCUUCUGGUGACACCAGCAACAAGGCCAUACUAUGGUUCUCAGGCCCCGCUGGGGGCGGCAAAACAUGUAUCCAACGAGAAGUGGCGAAGCAAGCAUUAGAGGAAGGGGUAUUAAGUGGAUCAUACUUUUUCUCCACUCGCAUUGGUGGCUUGGAUAACGAACAGCCCUUCGUUGCGACGCUCGUCGCUCAGUUUAUCAACUCGAUCCCAGGGUACAAGCCCUUGGUCGCCCAAGCCAUACGUGAUCACCCAGGGAUAUUUACCAAGUCGCUCGACAUCCAGUUCCAGGAGUUGAUUCUGGAUCUGUUGCCUAAACUGGCCUGUGAACCAAUGUACCUCCCACGAGUACUGGUCGUCGACGGCUUCGACGAAUGUCGCGAUAUCCAGCAGCGACAACAUUUGUUGAAGCUCCUUCAAGCUCUGGCCACUAACCCCCAUGUCCCGUUCCGGAUCAUCAUCUCAAGCCGUCCGGAAUUGGACAUUCGGACGGCAUUUGGGAAAACACCCCUGGAGCCACUUACCCAUUGCAUUCGCCUGGCCGACUAUGACGGCACCAACGACAUUCGCGACUACUUUUGCGACGGGUUUUCUUCUAUCCGAGAGACACAUCCUUCUAGAGCCUCUAUACCUCCCGGCUGGCCACCACAGAGAGACCUCGAGAAGUUGGUCAUCGCGGCCUCGUCGCAGUUCAUCUUCGCCGCCACGGUCAUUAAAUUCGUUUCGAACCCGCACGAAAACCCGGUCACUCUCCUCAAACGUGUCCUUAACCAUCCCAGCCAGUGCACAGCGGGGGAGAAUCCGUUCGCCGACUUGGAUCGGCUGUACGACGUUAUUCUUCAUCCUCCCAAUACGGAUGUGGCGCUCCUCAGGCGCCUGUUGCGGGUCAUUAUGAUCAUGGAGCAACCGACGUUUACAUCCGUCAACCCAGGUGCUUUUCUCGAUGAAUUUCUUGGACUCGAACCUGGGACAACCGAUAUCACCCUUUGCGAACUCCAUUCGGUUCUCGACAUCCCCCAUUUCGAUUCUCAGCCCGGUGAAAAUUGGUGGUGCGACCCAUCCACUGACAACAUUUUCAUCCGAUUCCACCACAAGAGUCUCGAAGACUACCUCUCCUCCCCCACUCGCUCCGGGGACUUGUUUCAAUCAUGGGAAGCCACGAAUUUGGACUUGGCGGGUAGGUGCGCUGUGCAUUUGACGAGAUGGGCGGAGGGAGAUGUUAAGGUGAAGAAGGAGGUGUAUGACUAUUCGUGUAUGCAUUGGAAGACCUAUGUGGGGAGGGCGUUGCCGCCGAUGGCUCCUCCGAUGGGGCACGCUCAGAGUCAGGCGCAAGGAAAGAGCAAGGAGCGGAGAAACACGAUUUCGAGUUUGUUAAGGAGGGCCCCGAGUCAGCUUGGAGCGGGACAUGAAGGCGAAACUGCAAAGUCCGUGGAUCUUCCACCCGACCUCGCAGAGUUCAAUCCGGCCAUGAUUCUGCAGUACAUGUUUGUCCACCCUCCGCCUCCCCAGUCAAACUCCAGCCAUGAAUAUCGAUUCUAUCCUGGCGUCGCAGAGUUGACGGAGGUGCAGGAGGCUUUGCAUCGUUCAGCCUGUAAGGAGGGUCAAUGCCUUCGACUAUGCAUGAGACUGCAACACAUCUCCUCUAGUGCAUCCGCGAUUCUGUGGUUCUGCCAGAGAGUGGACGAAUCGGCGAGUGUCUCGCAGAGGGUGAAGUUGCUGCCGCAGUUGCAGGGCCUGCUCCCAAAAAGUCCGACUCCCGGUGGGAGUGUUCGAGGUGUAACUGCAGGAGGACGUCCGCCCAGCAGUCUUGCCAGUGGUCAGCGCGCCCCAAGCGUCAGCAUGCGGAAUCGGAUAGCUGAGGGUCCAGUGGAAGCUCGGGAGGCGACCUCGACGAAGGAUGGGUCGGGAACAUGGAAUAUCGAUGCUUCUUUUCCGAGCUCACAGUCGAAUGGACUGAGGGGAACGGGGACAAAUUUUGGCAGGCUUUGGAGAAGGUUGACUUGUCGGGAUGGUUCGGCGAGAUGA